AUGAAAGUAGAAGCAUCAAACCAGCUUCUCGUGCUAGCAUUAACACUAUGCGGAGUCAAUUCCAUUGGAACUACAGAGCCCGACGGAACUCUGGACCCUGCAAUACCCCCCAGCUUUCUCGCUCCGGAUGGCGAGAUUACAGACCCUACCAUACUUAAUCCGGCGCCAGAAUUCCCUGCUCCGCUUGAUGGAACGCCCAAUAUUUCAAUCGUGGCCCAGUCGAAACUGAACGACUUCCUUCUCCUCGAGCAGUAUGCAGCCGCCAGUUACUGCGACUACAAUAACAACUAUCCACAGGGCGGGCGGAGACUUGCCUGUGACAACGAUGUGUGCCCUGACCUGGAUCCGCUAGACCAGAUCACUGAAUAUGAGUUCGUUCAUCCUCCGGGAUUUUUGGGUUGGAGUUCAACGGGCUACAUCGCUACCGACAAUAGCAAUCAUCUUACAAUCCUCGCUUUCCGAGGCUCACAUGAUGUUGGGGACUUCAUAAGAGAUGCUCAGCUCGUAAUGACAUCGACCGGUCUUUGCCCUGUAGUCUGCCUAGCUCAUUCCGGCUUCUGGAACACCUGGAAAUUGAGCAGCAAUGAUAUCAUCAAUGCUCUUCUGCCCGUUGUCCGUCAGAAUCCUCAAAAUCGGCUGGUGAUUACUGGGCAUAGCCUUGGUGGUGCCCUUGCUACUUUAGCAGCGACCGUUCUACGAGGUCCCCCCUACAAUCUCGAAUUAGACUUGUAUACCUUUGGGUCCCCGCGGGUCGGAAACUACUUCCUCGCUCGGCACAUUUCUAGACAGGGGAUGGGAAAUAAUUACCGUGUAUCCCACAUUCACGAUCCUGUACCAGGUCUGCCGCUCAAAGGCUUGCCUCCCUUCGGCUAUUUCCAUGUCUGGCCGCAAUGGUACAUCACUUCAGGCAACAAUGUUUCUGUGACUGUCAAUGAUAUUAAUGAGUACAACUGGAAUGAGGAAGCCAUGGCUAUCACGGAUGUUGAGCCACCGGCCGGCUACGAUACAGACGUUACUACGGCUUUGGACAUCCCAAAUGUUGCUGCGCAUUUGUGGUAUUUCCGUCAAGUCAGUGGUUGCACCUUGACAACGCCUACGACGGCUCUUGCGACUUUUCGCCGACGUCAAAGAAUAAGGCGCCAAUGA